AAUUACUUCAAAGUGGGUGAAAAAGAAGUUGGCAAAACAAUCUGUAUACUUUGCAAAAAGAAUGUGUCUAUGAAUGGUGUGGCGGAAUAUGUUGCAAAAUUUUGAUUGUCACAAAUUUUUAUAGUCAUAAAUUUGAUUGCUGAAAAUGUAAAAAAGGAAUAGUGUCGCAAAUUGUUGCAUUAUUGAUUGUCAAUAACAGAAUAAGGAAUAAUGUUGCAAAUUGAAUUUAAAGAAUAAUGUCAAAAAUAAAAAAAGGAAUAAUAUCAAAGGCACAAAAAAGGAAUAGUGUCGCAAAUGAAUUUUAUGAAUAGUGUCAAAAAUAGAAAAAAAAGAAUAAUGUCCUAAAGAGGUUUGAUAAAAGUAACAAAAAUAAAAAAAUAAUGAUAACUAUAAAUGUUAGUGUGUUUUAAUAACAUGUCAUGUCAUACUGAAAUAGCCUGUUGCCAAGGGUUUACUUAUGAGUAUUUACACCAACUAUCUUAUAGCCUGCUGCCGCAAAGUGCCACUACAUCAACUGAGGGUUUGAAGUUUGGUAGCAAUCUUUUUUUUUGUUAUUCUUUGUUUUUUUUUCUUUUUUUUUCUGUAAAAGCCGUAUGCUAUAAAGAUAUGCAAAACAAGUAAGCAAUUGCUGAAAUUGACUAAUUGCGACACUAUUCCGUCUUUACUAUUUGUGACACUAUUCCUUUUUUUUGUUUUCGACACUAUUCAUUAUAUUCAUUUGCAACACUUUUCCUUUUUUUUUUGUUUUCAACACUAUUCAUUAAACUCAUUUGUGACACUAUUCCUUUUUUUUGUUUUCGACACUAUUCAUAAAACUCAUUUGUGACACUAUUUCUUUUUUUUAUGACAAUAUUCAUUUUUGACACUCUUCCUGUCACUUCUAUGAAUGUGUCUAAAAUGUCUAUAAAUGUGUCUAGAAUGUCUAUGAGAGUGUCUAGAAUGUCAAUGAGUGUGUCUAGGUUGUCUAUCAAUAAGUCUAGAGGCAUUAAAGACUCGCAAAAAAUCUGCAUCUAAAACAACUUCAUCUUACUGUACAUAUCAUAAUGGUUGGUUUGACCAAGUCUGUGAAGCUGCACCAGAUCUAAAUUAAAAGUCUGUUAGACAAUUUUGCACUACUCAAGUAAUAUGCUCAGAUAAUUCAAUAUCAAUUAUGAAAAGCAUCCUAUAAAACAACAACGUGAUUCUCAUUGUAACCAAUAUAUAUCAUUCAUUAAAAAAUAUGUCACUAGUUUUUAAAUGUGUGGUACCUAAACUUAUAAGUUGAUGAUGUAUGGUUGUAAAUUUUAUAUUUUUAUGGUUAAUUAAUGGAUAAAAGAAAAUAAGAAAAAAAAAGAAAAGACUAGAGAAACUCUGUUAAAUCAAUGCAUAGUAGUAACAGCAGAGAAAACUCAGUGAAGCUCACAUAUCUUUUAACUCUAUUUCCUCUAUAGUUCGAGCAAUAUUCCCUCCUACUCAUCAGUUUCUAACAGAUUACAUGUACUUAAUUGCACCUGUUAGUUUAGCUCUCCUAAACCCGAUUGGCUUCAUAUUUCUAGAGUACCAGCAAGCAAAAAAUAAUUUUGAAUCAUCAGUUAUUUUAAGUCGGUCAGCACUAUUCUGCAAGCUUUUUGUCAUAACCAUAAAAGGGAUUGUUACAAAUCCCCUUAUAUUUACAAUAGUGCUAGGAAUAUUAGUGAAUUUCACCUUUAAAAGGCAGAUUGGUGUAUUUUCCAUUUUUCUUGAUUCUCUGAGCAACGCAUUUAGUGCUACAGCAUUAUUUUAUUUGGGUUGGAGCCUAGGAAUUAAUAAUAAAAAGACACCAGGAAGGCUAUUGUUGUUGCCAGUUUUAUUAGCUGUUAGUAAAGGCAUAUUUAUGCCAGUUAUGAUGCGGUUUGUUGCUUCUAAUAUGGUCAACAAUAUGUUAUCAGGAAAUAAAUUUGGUUCAAAUUAUACGGGAAAUAUAGUUGAGACAUUUUCUUUUCUCUAUGGAACUAUUCCUGCAGCUCCUACUGUUAUGAUUUUUGCCAGCAAGUAUCAGUUAGCAGAAAAUAUUAUUGGAAGUACUUUAGUAAUAAGUACAUUAUUUUCUGGUCCGAUAAUUUUUGCAUCUGUUAAAAUGAUUGAAGUUAUAAACAUGAGUGACAUACAAAUGUUUUUGGAAAUAAUUAUUCAAGUUUCAACACAAAUAAGUGUAAUUCAAAUAGUUUGUUGUGUUUGGGUGAUGAUAGUAUUUUGUUGUUUGCAGUUAUUCCGACAUCCAUUGUAUAGAUAUACUCAAAUACUUAUAUUUUUUCAGCUAUUACUUGGUAUUUCUGUGAUUAUACUAAGAUAUACACAUAAUCGUUCACGAGGAUUCUCUCAAUUUAUUGUUUGGAUGUUAUUCACAUCUUUGUACAGUUGUUGUGGAUCAGCUGUUAAUAUGGCAUUGAACUUGUAUAGAGUAUAUUUAAGAAAAAAAACAUGUUGGAUUUUUUCAAUCAUAGUUUAUUUCACAAUUUUUAGUAUGACGACUAUGUUGGUCAUAUGCACUCCUAGUAUUACCAUUGGUAUUGAAAGUUCACCUUCAUUUUUGUUGUCAGCAAGUUUUAAAAAUAAUGAUGGCAUCCUUUUUAUUGUUAUUGGUCUUAUAACUCUCGCUGUUAUUGUCUUUGCUUUUGUUAAAAUUAACCAAAAUUAUGUUCAAGAAUCUUAUCAGCAUCAUCAUGAUUAUUAUCAACCUUUAGAAGAAUCUUAUCAUCAUGAUUGUUAUCAAUCUAUAGAAGAAAACAGAACAGAUGCAAGAGUUUCAAUUAGUGACAGCAUUCAAACAUUAAUGUCAAACUGGUUUAGUUCAAGUUCUACUGAUGUAAAAUAUGUUACUAAUCAUGUGAUUUUGCUGCUUGGUAUAUCAUUCAUGAUUGUUAUUAAUAUUUGUGUAUGUUUAUGGAACAUAGUUCGACCUACACAAGCUAAAGGAAUUUUCUUAGGAGUUGAAAUGCUUGCAGUAGUCUUAACAUAUGGCCAAGCAUUUUUCUCAUUGGCUACAUUUGGUUUUAUAAAAGAAUUUUUCAUGCUUUCUGAAAUUAUAAGGAAUUAUUGGAUUGGUCCAAAAGUUAAAAAAUCACCUAAACUACCCAAUAUUGAUUUAUUAAUAUGUCAUAAAUUUGUUAAAGACCAUUUGAGUCAUUGUGAGGAAGACCUUUUAGAAACAAGACAAGAUGGAUUUAGUGGAAAAUCGUUUGUUGAUUGGUUAUUAGAAAUGCAGUUGGUAGAAACAAGAGAUGAUGCUUGUGUAUUUGCAAAUGUUUUGUUACAAGGUCAUGUAAUAAUAUCAUUUGAUGGAUAUGAAGGUUUAUUUAGCGAUGAUGAGGUUGUUUAUCAAUUUGCAAACUCUUCUCUUCAAACUGUCAUUGAAAACUGAUUGUUUUAUCCAUAACAAUUUUUCGACUGCGUAAUAAUAUUUUUAUAAAUUAUGUGUCAAAAUCUUCAAAAACUAUGUGUUAAAACUCCAUUUAACCAUAGUGCUCGUAACAUGUCUAUUUAAAAAGACGUUAAAAAAAAUUUAUUUCAUUUGUUACAAGUUAUUUCUUAUUUAUUAAAAUAAUUGUAUUUAAUAUUGUUUGAUAGUUACAUAUUUAAUAUUUGUA